AUGCUUCCUUCAUUGUUGGAGUUGCACUUAGACAUCAGUGAACUUGAUGACCUCCCUCAAUUUCUUCCAUAUGUGAACUUUACGUCACUUUUAGUCUUCGACCUCUCAUACAACAACUUCAACUCUUCAUUACCUCAAUGGCUAUUCAACAUUAGUACCCUUGUGACAAUUAAUCUUGCUAAUUGUCACCUCGCUGGCUCCAUUAGGGAAACUUCAUGGGUAAAUCUUUGCAGCUUGCAGAGUUUAGAUCUAUUUGGCAAUUCCAUUAGUGGAGGAAUGGAGGAGUUUCUUCAUUCUUUGUCUGGGUGCAGUAACAGUAUCAUAGAAACAUUGGACUUCAGUUACAAUCAAUUUAGUGGGAACUUGCCCGAGUCUCUGGGAUCCCUGAAAUAUCUUGAUGCUCUUUCUCUCACCCUUAAUUCAAUCUCAGGCCCACUCCCAAUGUCAAUCGGAAAUCUGUCACAUUUGUCAAUGCUAGACCUUUCGUUCAUCGUGAUGAACAGCAUCCCAGAGAGUAUUGGACAGCUUGCAGAAAUUUUAAGUUCCAUCACAAUUAGCAACUGUCAAUUAGGCCCCUCAUUUCCUUUGUGGUUAAGAACUCAGAAAGAAGUUUCUUCAAUAACACUCUCAAACAAUGCAAUUGUUGAUGCAAUACCGGAUUGGUUCUGGACACUUGUGCAGAAUGUAUGGCUUCUAGAUCUCUCCACAAAUCAAUUAACAGGGAAGCUUCCUCAAUCAAUCCAUUCAAGUUCUGAGCUUGGAGUAAUUGUUAAUUUGGACUCCAACUGUUUGGAGGGCUCACUUCCGCUUUGGCGAAAUGCAACGUCCCUUUAUUUUGGAAACAACAGAUUUUCUGGACAAAUUCCCUUAAACAUUGGCCAAGAGAUGACAGCGUUGAAGACCCUGGAUCUAUCUAGGAACUAUCUAAAUGGUUCUAUUUCACCUUCCAUUAGUAGGAUUAAGAAUUUGACUGUUCUUGUUCUAUCCAAAAAUGAUUUAUCUCGAAACAUCCCCUGGCUAUGGAAGGGUUUGCAAAAACUGAUUGUCAUUGAUCUGUCCGAAAACAAGCUGCAAGGAGCCAACAUCUUCACUGGGAACAUUCCUGAACAAUUAUGUCAACUCCCUCUUAAGGUUUUAGACCUUUCUCAGAAUAACAUACUAGGUUCUAUCCCUAAAUGUCUUGGCAACCUUGAAGUCAUGAAAGAUGUGGGUAUCAUGUUUAAGUUACCACCCUCCUUCUGGCAACCACCACCGAGUGUAUAUUUGGAAUUAAUUGUGAAGGGAAGACUAUAUGAAUAUUCUGAUCUAAUAGGUCUGCUGAGGAUCAUAGACCUAUCAAGCAAUAAUCUAUCAGGAGAAAUACCAGAAGAGAUAACAAACCUGUCAACCUUGUUUGCGUUGAAUUUAUCCCAAAACCAACUCAUAGGAAGAAUACCAGAGAGUAUUGGAAGCUUGAGCCGCUUAGAAUCUCUUGACCUCUCGACUUUCGACGAUGGUGAUGCACAAGCUAAAGAGAACACAGUUGAAGAUGAAGAUGGUUAUGAAAAUCUAUGGUUCUAUACAAGCACAGCAUUUGGAUUCAUUGUGGGAUUCUGGGUUGUUUUUGGCAGUUUGGUGAUUAAGAGGUCCUGGAGACAUGCCUAUUUCCAGUAUCUUGACAAAAUGAAAAAUAGGUGUGCAAUGGUAUUCAAUUUGGACAUGGCUUGA